AUGCGUAAAAUCAAACUCACCAUCAAGCGCAACAAGCCCCGGGUGCUACUGGGCAUUUACUACGAUGCCGAUGCCCACGAAAAUUCACGCUACGUGCUUUUCAUUACACCCAAGAUCCCCAUGAUGCAGCGGCAGACAAUGGGCUCCAAGCAGCCGAAAUCCAUCCAAGCUAUAAGUUUUUGUGUUCGCAAUACCCAGAAGAUCAUCGAGGGCGAGAUCUCGCUCCCGUGGAUGUUUGAGGAGGAAUACAUUGAGUCCAUCGAUAAGAAUCCUCGUCUGAUUGUUUGCGCUGUUAUUGGAAAGGUACUGUCUAGGAAGCAGGCUUUGAAUAUGUUGCCUGAAACUCCCAUAUAUCAGGUUGCUGAUCCGAACCGUCCCAAAGCUCAAGAGUUCAACUCUCGCACUUGGGCAGCUGAUGCUUUUGAGAAAUUGAAGAUUGCGGGUGCUAUCUCAGGUAUGGACUGGCGCACCGCUGAAGGAGGCAUUCGUGCCUACAGAGAUCAGAAUAAGGCUGAAAAAUAUUGGUCAAUUGCUGCUGAAGGACGUCGAGUGACUGAACCACGAGUCCCAAUUUUGGAUCUAUUGGUUGGAGUUGAGAUAAGGUCUUAG